UCCACUUAUUCACCUAGUUAAGAAGAAAGAAACUCAAAAAGAGGAUGAUGGAUAAGUUAAAGAGCGUCCACUAUGCUCUGCUUGCGAUAUUCACUCUUGCAGCAUUGAUUCAUGCUCAGGAUCAAUCAGACUUCAUUAGCAUAGAUUGCGGGAAAGCAGAAGGUCCUGACUCUAUUCAUCUUGCUAAUGGCAUAAAGUACACUUCAGAUGAAAACUUCAUUGAUACAGGGUUAUCAGGGAGUGUAGAUCCCAAAUUCUUCAGCAAAGACUCUGAAGAUCCAUUUAAUACUGUAAGAAGUUUUCCAGAAGGUAACAAAAACUGUUACACCCUGAAUCCUACUCAAGGAAAAAACGGUAAGUAUUUGAUCAGAGCCGGUUUCAUGUACGGAAACUACGACGGAAAAAAUAAAACGCCACAGUUUGAUCUAUAUCUGGGGGGUAGUCUCUGGGAGACAAUAAAUCUGGACCAUGUUUACAGCCCUUUAACCAAGGAGAUCAUACAUGUUCCUUCAACAGAUUAUAUAUUUGUGUGUCUUAUUAAUACAGGCCUCGGAGUACCAUUUAUAUCAUCUCUAGAGCUUAGGACUUUGAAUACUUCGCUUUACAAGACAGAGAAUCCGUCCACUGAAUCCCUUUCACUCCUAGCACGAUUUAACUUGGGUUCUAAUUCUGAAGUCAGAUACAUGGACGAUAUAUAUGACCGCAUUUGGACGCCCAAAAUCACUACUGACUGGGAAACAUCGAGACUCUCGAUUUCCGAUAUUUAUGGCUACGGCAGUCUUGCUUACCAACCACCAAUUUCUGUCAUGAUUACAGCUGUCAAACCAAAUAACGAUGAUGGAAGCUUGGUCUUUUCUUGCUAUUUGUCUGCAGAUCCAAAUUACCGAUACUAUUCUUACAAGUAUUUUGCUGAAAUAGAGACAUUACAGAGCAACCAAAUCAGAGAAUUCAACUUGAGCGAAAACGGGGAACAAAUUUAUGGGCCUUAUAGGCCAGAAUUCUUGUCCACAUUUACAGUCCCUUCGGGACCACUGAAAGCAGAAACUAUCAAGAUUGAAAUCACAAAAACUGAGAAUUCAACCCUUCCACCCAUUCUCAAUGCCGUCGAGCUCUACAGCGUAAGAGAUUUCUCGCAACCGUUAACACUCCAAAAUGAUGUGAAUGCUAUGAUGAGUAUAAAAAAAACCUAUCAAGUGAGAAAAAAGACUGGCAAGGUGAUCCCUGCGCCCCUAAAAAUUACUCCUGGGAAGGCGUUAAUUGCAGCAGCUAUGAGAACAAUAGUCCUCUUAGAAUAA